AUGGCGUGGCCAUGCAUCACACGGGCCUGCUGCAUCGCUCGCUUCUGGAACCAGUUGGACAAGGCAGACAUAGCCGUGCCGCUGGUUUUCACCAAGUACUCGGAGGCCACAGAGCACCCGGGCGCCCCGCCGCAGCCUCAGCCGCCGCCGUCUCAACAGCAGCAAGCGCAGCCAACACUCGUGCCCCCCUCGGCUCGUGCGGUCGCCAUAGAGACGCAGCCAGCCCAGGGAGAGUUGGAUGCAGUUGCCCGGGCAACAGGGCCGGCGCCGGGGCCGAGCGGCGAUCGUGAGGCGGCUGCAGCGGCCCUGGGCCGGAGCGGCUCGGGCCCGGCCUCCUCCUCUGGCGCGGGCCCAGCGGACUCGGUGAUGCGCCAGGACUACCGCGCUUGGAAGGUGCAGCGGCCGGAGCCGAGCUGCCGGCCGCGCAGCGAGUACCAGCCAUCUGACGCGCCCUUCGAGCGCGAGACCCAGUACCAGAAGGACUUCCGCGCCUGGCCACUGCCGCGCCGCGGGGACCACCCGUGGAUCCCCAAACCCGUGCAGAUCUCCACGUCAUCCCAGGCCCCAGCGCCCAUCCUCGGGGCGCCCAAGCGCAGGCCGAAAAGCCAGGAGCGCUGGCCAGCGCAAGCGGCCGCUGAGGCCCCAGAGCAGGAGGUGGCCCCUGUCGGAGCAGGCGUCCUUGCAGCCGGAAAGGCGUCGGGUGCGGACGAGCGCGACACACGAAAGAAGGCCGGGCCCGCCUGGAUGUUGCGUCGCGCGGAGGGGCUAGGGCUAGAGCAGACACCACUGCCAGUGGGCCAGGUCCAGGCAGCGGGCCCAGAGGGUGGCAAGGGGCGUGCAGCUGCAGACGCCCUCAACAGGCAAAUCCGCGAGGAGGUGGCGAGUGCGGUGAGCAGUUCCUACAGGAAUGAAUUCAGAGCAUGGCCAGACAUCAAGCCUGUGAAACCAAUAAAAGCCAAGCCCCAGUACAAGCCCCCAGAUGAUAAGAUGGCUCAUGAGACCAGCUACAGUGCCCAGUUCAAAGGGGAGGCCAAUAAGCCCACACCAGCUGAUAAUAAGGUUAUUGAUCGUAGAAGGAUACGCAGCCUCUACAGUGAACCUUUCAAGGAACCCCCAAAGGUGGAGAAACCUAGUGUUCAGAGCUCCAAACCAAAAAAGACCUCAGCGAGCCAUAAGCCCCCGAGGAAGGCCAAAGACAAGCAGGUGGUGUCGAGUCGGACCACCAAGAAAAAGAGUGCGGAGGGUUCCAGUCCCGCCAAACCUGACGAUAAGGAGCAAAGUAAAGAGAUGAACAAUAAACUGGCUGAGGCUAAAGAGAACGUGGAUCAACCCACCAGUGAUUUACAUAAGAACCAAGGUCCUGCAGCCACAGAACCAGACAAGGAUCAAGGACUCAUAGUCCUGGGGCCUCUGGAAAGGCAAGAUCCUGUGCUCCCAGAGCCUACAAAAGGCCAAGGUCCUGUGCUCGCAGAGCCUACAAAAGGUCAAGGUCCUGUGCUCCCAGAGUCUACAAAAGAACACGGUCCUGUGCUCCCAGAGUCUACAAAAGAACACGGUCCUGUGCUCCCAGAGUCUACAAAAGGUCAAGGUCCUGUGCUCCCAGAGCCUACAAAAGAACACAGUCCUGUGCUCCCAGAGUCUACAAAAGGUCAAGGUUCUGUGCUGCCAGAACCUAUGAAAGAUCAAGGUCCUGUGGUCCCAGGGCCUCUAAAGGAACAAGGUCCCAUGGUCCCAGAACCUCCGAAGGAUCAAGGUCCUAUGGUCCCAGGGCCUCCGAAGGAUCAAAGUCCUGUGGUCCCAAUACCAGUCAAGGAUCAAGAUCAUGUGGUCGCUGAGCCUUUAAAAAAUGAAGGUCCCAUGAUCACAGUACCAGUCAAGGAUCACAGUCCCAUGGUCCCAAUGCCUAUAAAGAAUGAAAGUCCAGUGGUCCCAGAAAUAGUCAAGAAUCAAGAUUCCAUGGCACCAGAGCCUGUGAAGGAUCAAGGCCCCGUGGUGCCUGAGUCUGUGAAGAAUCAGAGUCUUAUAGUCUCUGAGCCUGUAAAGAAUCAAGAUUUAGUGGCCCCAGAGCAUCUGAAGGACCCUGAUUCUGUAUUUGUAGCACCUGUAAAGAAUCAAGGUCCUGUAGGCCCUGACUUUGUGAAGAAUCAAGGUCCCAUGGUCCCAGCCCUAAUCAAGGAUCAAGGUCCCAUGGUCCCAAAGCCUCCAAAGAAUCAAGGUCCUGUGAUCCCUGGGCCUAUGAAGAAUGAAGUUCCUCUAAUCCCAGUGCCUCUGAAAGAUCAAGAUCCUCUGGUACAAGCACCAGCAAAGGACCAAGGUCCUGUGGUCCCUGAACCUCUGAAGACUCAAGGUCCCAGGGGCCUACAGCUGCCUACUGUCUCACCUCCACCCCCAGUCAUGAUCCCAACUGCCCCCCAUUCGGAAUAUUUUGAGGGUUCCCCUUGA